AUGCGUUCUCUUAUUCCCUUGGCGGCUGCCGCAUCGGUCCCAAGCGGUCUCACCACCACGGUAUCUGCUCAGCAGAAUGAGAAUGACAUUCCCUUUUCGGCUUGCCCUCUCAUAGGCGCAUACUACCCUCCGCUAACCAUCGACAAGUCGUCCAAGACUUUUGCGCAGCUUCAAGCAAGGUUCACCGGGGUUUUUAAUGACCUGAUUAAGAAUGGCGGAAGCGAUGAUUAUGGUCCCAUCUCGGCAAACACGACGUCUUUCUCUGUGGUUCUCUUUGGAGGUGCUGAAUCGCUUCGCGAUGAUCCGGUCUUUUUCGAAUACCACUACACCUCCCCUGAGGACCAAGCUGCUGUAAAGGCAAACCUUACCUCGACGACAAAGUUCCCCGUUGGCGAUUUGUCUGUGGUCUUUACCGUCUACGCGUGGCUCGUCAAGAAUGGCGACAACUGGGAGACUCCUAUCACAAAGUACCUGCCAGAGUUGGCGAGAGUCAAAGGACCAUUGACGGUACCUUGGAAAGAGGUCACGAUUGGAUCUUUGGCUGGCCAGAUGUCUGGACUUAGUCGUCAAUUUGUAGCCUUUGUCAGCGAUUUUGCAAAGGAGGCUCCCGUUUUCCUCCCCGAUACGACUCCAGUUGUAUCGUACGCUGCCUUCCAACUCCUUGCCUUCGCCAUGGAGAGGCAAACCCAACAUGGAAGGAGAGAGAACUCUUGGGGUUCUGUUUUAGACGAUUCUCUGCUACGUCCUCUGAACAUGAGGUCUAGUGGUCUACUGUCCCCUGACGACACGGACGUGUUUGCCAUUGAGGGACUGAACCUUUCACAAAUCGGCGAACCUGGUGCUUUGUCACUUGUCAGUUCGAUCGAAGACCUUGCUCGAGCCGGCCACUCCAUCCUGUCUUCCACCCUUCUGUCACCUGCAAUCACUCGACGAUGGCUCCACCCCAACAUGGACACGUCCAACCUGCGAAACGGUGUUGGUCGUCCUUGGGAGGUCUACCGUGCUGGAUCCACUGCCAUCUCGCCCGUUCUCGAUGUCUUGACCAAGAGCGGCACCAUCGGACAGUAUGCCAGCUACUUUGGUCUCACGGCCGACUUUAAUGCUGGUUUCGCGAUCCUUGCGCACGAUAGCACUGUCAAAGAUCGCAAGCUUGAUCUGAAUGUGCAUGCCGAUAUCGUUAGCGAGUCUUUGGGAUACAUGCAGGCUUUUGCUGCCAAGGAGUUGGCCCAGCGCUAUGCGGGCAGCUACGAGGCGGCUAACGGGGGUGCGGCUGUUCUCAAUAUCACCGAAAACGGCCCAGGCCUAGAAAUUCAGAGGCUGAGCAUCGGCAAGGUUGAUGUCAAGACAGAGACGGCGAAGAAGCUCGGUAUCAAGGUCGCCGACUUGGACUUUAGAAUCUAUCCGACCAACGUACAGGACAAGUCCAAGCAUCAGUUUGUCGCCGUUUUUCAGGAUAGGAGUGCUCCUAUCGAUAAGGGUACGCCGACUUGUAUUACCUGGCAAGAGGUUGGUGCCGUUGCUGGUGUUGAGGAUAUUUUUGUCUUUCUUCUGGAUAAGGAUGGAAGCGUUGUUGGCUUUGAGCUUCCUGAGACAAAGGUGAAGUUUGAGCGGGCGUCAUAG